CUGCCAUGGUUGGUGUUCAACGGAGGGUGUUUCUGUCAUUUCCUUAAAAACUACGCGCGUCAAAGCCAAAACACAAACACCAAAAGACGACACGUGUCAUUACUGACUGCCUUGUUUUCGCCGUGUAAUCCACACACUAACUUCGAAAAACGCCACGCUCUACUGUCACGUGUCCUUCCGGUUAAACUGUGGCCACCGGUUACCGGUACCCACACCUGGGAUCAGAUCACGCACACGCGUCACAAAAAAGCUUUCGUCCACGAGAAGAGAAACAAGCAAGCGACUUUAAGAAUUUCGUUUCAAACACAAGUGACGCACACGCACGCAGUGAAAUUCAGUAGAAAAAUGGUGGCUGAAGCAGAGGUUAUGUUUCAACAAAGUUUACCGGUGGCUCUGGAUGUCCAAUUGUUCGGAGCAUCAGCCGGGGUUACAGAUAUCGACGGCGUCUCCGCCGUGAAAUCACCACUUUCUUCGUCGCAUCUGGGUAUCCGUCGCCCUGCGGCGUCGGUCUCAGCCGACUUAUCCACUUCUCUUUUGGGUUUAAAAUCUGGUGAUCAAAAUACGGAAGUGGAUGAUGAUGAUGAUGAUGAUUGCAGUUCCAGUGUCUCGUUUUAUGUUCCGGUGAUACGCUCGGGAAGCUAUGCUGAUAUUGGACCUCGGAGAUUCAUGGAAGACGAGCACAUUUGCAUAGACGAUCUAUCUUCUCGAGUUGGGUCGCUUUGUGAGUUGCCAAAGCCGACUGCUUUCUAUGCGGUUUUUGAUGGCCAUGGAGGACCGGAAGCAGCAGCGUAUGUAAGAAAAAACGCCAUUAGACUCUUCUUCGAAGACGAUAAGUUUCCACAAACAUCGGAAGUGAACAGUAUCUAUGUCGAUGAAGUCAAGACUUCUUUGAAGAAGGCGUUCCUUCAGGCUGAUCUUGCUUUAGCAGAGGACCGUAGCGUCGGCUCUUCUUCUGGUACCACUGCUCUUGCUGCCCUUGUUUUUGGAAGACAUUUAAUGGUGGCAAAUGCGGGCGAUUGCAGAGCCGUUCUGUGUAGGAACGGAGAAGCCAUAGACAUGUCUCAAGACCACAGACCAAUCUACUUACCGGAGAGAAGAAGAGUGGAGGAAUGCGGCGGCUUCAUCGAUGACGGUUACUUAAACGGCAUCUUAUCAGUCACCCGAGCUCUCGGCGAUUGGGACAUGAAGCUACCUCGAGGCUCACAGUCUCCGCUCAUAGCAGAGCCAGAGAUCAAACAGAUCAAUUUAACAGAAGAAGAUGAGUUUCUCAUCAUCGGAUGCGACGGGAUUUGGGAUGUUCUGACAAGUCAAGAAGCCGUUAGUAUUGUCCGACGUGGGUUACGCCGUCAUGAUGAUCCGAUGAGAUGUGCUAGAGAGCUUGCCAUGGAGGCUUUAAGGCUAAACACGUUCGAUAACCUAACGGUUGUCGUUGUUUGUUUCUUGUCGGUUGAUGACGUGGCUCCUCCGGUGGAGAAGCAACGGUGUUGUAGUUUGACAGCAGAGGCUUUGCAUAGCUUGAGGAGCUUAUUGGAAGGCUGAAUGAAACGGAGCGUUUUAUGGCAAAGAAACGAAGAUAUGAUGGUGAUGAUGAUGAUAACGUUCCCUUUUGUUUCUUGGCUGGUUUUGGCAAUCUGAUAACAGAUUUGAAGCAGCUGAGAUCUUUUUUGUUUUGUUUUUGUAUAUUUGUUGUAUGUAUGUAACGUUAAUUGUCUACGUGCUCGCAUUUUUGUGUAAGCGGUUAUUUAGUUCGUGUAUAGCUUGUUUUAGUUUAUGAAGACUAAUCGGAUUUGGAUGGUUGGUGGUUCUUAUCCUCCGCUAAUUACAUUUUCUUACAAACAAAAUACUUUUAGAACUGUAAUAAAGUUCAAAGUCGGUUUUACGUAUAAUAA